AUGGACACAACUAACAGUCUAUCUGCUACUUCAGCUACUUCAGCUGAUAGGAACAGAGAACUACCAUCAGACAUAGAAGAAGAACCUUCCGCAGAGAGAGACAUUGACAUCAAACCAAUCACAACGCUCCUGCCCGCUACCAAGAACAAUCUGAAAAAGACUUCCACGACUAAAGAAGAUCGACGCAAGUCACAACAAACAAUAAACAAAGAAGCGGCAAAAAUCGACCGCUUACAGCAAGAAGAAGAAGCCAGAAUAGAAAAGGAGUUGGCAGAACUUUAUAAGGAUUCCGCAGACUACAAGGCGGAUAGCGUGGAAAUUUCCAAAGAACCAAGCGUAGCUACCAACGGGACCACGCAAGCACUUCCAGAAGUUACUACAGAAGAAACCAUGAAACCAAUUGCUAGAGCACGGGACGAGUAUGUUAUUUUUAACCUGAACUCGGUUAUACAAUAA